AUGAUUAAUUGCUUAUUUUACAACAGUACAAAGUUUGGUGGGGUAUAUAAAAAAUAAUGCUAUAUUCAUAAUAUAAAUGGUUAAUGGGUCUAUAAUAGGUAUUAGAUUAAUAUUGCGUCGCAAAGAGAUCUUGAACAUUAUGAUCGGAAGACAUUCCAAAAAAAUGCAGCCUAUCAACGUAGAACCCAGCAAUAAAAUUAUGAGAUAAAACUCUGUAAAGGAAGAAUCUGGUUCUUAAUACAAGUAGAAAAAAAUUGUAACCUGACUUUAAGCAGAGCAUAUCACAAUUACCAUGACAACAACAAUAAAUCCUUAUUUGUUUUCAUAUUGUGGAGUUAUUAUUGCAAUUUUAGACACAAUUAAUUGAGUUCAAGAGAGUGGUGCAAGUUAGUUGUACUAACCGAAUAUGAAGAUAUUUUUAUUGAAACUGAAAAACAGAAGAGAUCAGUAGUCAAUUGA